GGGGCUCGACUUCUAACUCUCCUUUCUUCCCAGCGCUCUCGUUUGUGACCUAUUAAAAAGUCACUUUUUGACCGCUUUCUCUUUACGACUGCAUUUUCAGAGGAACUGCAAUCCUUGUUUAAGUACUGAAUGAGCUGCUGUUUGCUUUUGAGCAACUUAGAAAAAGAGAAAUAUCAGCUUGUAAAACCCUUGAGGUUAACCUACCUUUUCUGAUGAUAGCUGUAGACUCGGUGAAAUUUGGGUUUGGUGAAUUUUGUGUGACGAUCUUCAUUUGAUGGGCAUGUGUUUGUCACUAGGUCACUCGGUAUACUCACGUGAUGGGGGACUGUGUUCCUGAGAGCUUGCUUCCGAGUCUAUCGGACUUUUUAAAUCAGCUUCCCUUUAAGCACACGGAGUUCACUGGAAAUAUGACUGAGCAGGAUAAAGAGUUCCUUAAACACCAGUUGGAGGCAGAGGUAGAAAGGAAAAGCAAGCGCUUAGAUCCCAGCGACUUAGAAAAGAAAGAGAUUCCACGUAUGGACACAAGUGGUCGGCCACGUGAUGCAAGUGCAGGCCAAAGCGUAGAGCCUGAACCAAAGCGCUUAAAACGACAUCGGGAUUUGUCAUGUGAAGACCAGGGAGACGAACUUUACACGGAAGCCAUAACAAAUAUGAGGAUUCCUCUUACAACAAUCCUUGAUCUCAGAAAGCAGUUCGUACCUUCGACAAAGAUCGUGAAACAAGUGGAAGAAAUACAAACAUUACUACAAGAUUUCCUCUCUAAAAGCACUGGGUGAUACAACUGCGCACAAAAUGGCCCUGUAUAUUUGUACACCAGGAAUCAAAUGUAUAUUAUGUUUCACUUUAAUAAGGCGUUACUGCGUAUUUUCAUUAUACUUGUACAUAAGUGUUGACCCACUUGCACUCUCUGCUUUUGGUAUGAACUUUUGUUGUCCAUUUGCAAUAGUGUAUGGUGUAUUUGUAACUUGCUGAAAUACUGUCUUGAAUUUUUAACGUGUAUAGUGUAGAAAACCCAGUUGUGUUUUGCUUUUAUUUUAGACGACAAAUUGUCAACAAAAAUUGUUUCUCCUCAAGGUCUCAAAGGUCGCAGUUGAGGUGCUUUCUUUUGUAUAAUCAUUGUAGUCAUCAGCACAUCCAGAAACGCCGUACAAGCAUAAAUUUGAAAUUGAAAAUUGAAAAUUAAAGUAAUGCGAGUUAUAUUACUCUUCUUGAAACUGAGUGGACUUUAAGAUUUCCUACACAACCCAAAGGGCUUCUUUGCUUUCACAUUGGAAAACAGGUAAUAAUAGGAGCCCCAGAAGUGGUAAAUAUCUAACUUCUCCCUACCUUUUAUAAGCAAAUUAGGUAGGUAGGUCUUGGGAAUUUAUGUCCUGAUCAUCUGGGGAAAAGUCGAUUUAAAAUUUGGUCUUGCCAAGUAAAAUGUGUGGAAACAAGUUAAGAGAAUUUAUCUUCUGAACAUGUUACUUCUACGUUGUUAAGGGCCUUUGAAUCAGGACGUAUUUCGUACUGUUCAGCGUUAGCCCUCUCUGUUUUGCCUCGUGCAUGCUAGGGGUUCCUCUGAUCGGUUGCGUUUUGGUCGUGUGUUCUGUUAAGGGUUUUACACAUUAUGCCGGCAUUAUUUUGAGCCCAGUAGUGAGGCAAAAGAAGCGAGAACUAUGCCGGAUUAACAAUUAGAGAAACUGGUCGAUUCUAAGCCUUGGGUAGGCCAACAGCAAUCUGUCACGAUCUUGUAGCUUUGUGCUUCACCAUGCAAGAAGGUUUUGCUAAUGCAAUUCCCUUCUGCCGCACCUGAAAGAGUUUUUUCAUCACUAGAAAAUUAUUUACGUAAGUCUACAGUAGAGCAAGGUAGAGCAAUGGAAAAUUACAUUGAGUCGCUCACGUUUAUAUUUUAUGUGAGCACAAUGGUGCAUGAUAAUAGUGACGCUUUUUGAGCAUAAUAGUGAUACUCUUUGAGCAUCGAGCAUUAGCAUAAUAGUGAAAAAUGUCAGCAUAAUGUGUAAAACCCUAGCGGUGUUCUAUGCUGGCUGUUUUCUGGCUCUUUGCCGACGCAAUGCAAUGAAGCACCCGGAAGGCACUCGCAGCAGAGUCUUGAACAGCCCCCUCCCUUCUCCCCUCUUCUAAACAACUUGGAAUCUCGUUCCCAUGGUCCUGCUGUGACGUCAGUCUGCUAUCAUGAAUUACGUGAUGAACUGAACUCCUGCACGUACAUUCCUGGUUUGUCGGCUUGUUUUAAGUUUAACUCUUUCUCGAAAUUUACCUCCAUUAGAGACUCCUGCAAUGAUGAUGAUACUUUUAUUACUAGUCUGCACAAGAUAGGGCCUGUUUUGAAUUUAAAUAACUGUUCCUCGACGUUAAUAACAGACAAAAUAUUUUAUCGUGGAUAUUAUAAAAAAAAAAAUGUCUGUUUGUACCCCUGGGCGAGACACCCUCUAGCUUAAAAAAAUCCGCCAGCGUUACGGUUUUCACCGCUUAAGAAAUCAUUCAAACCAUCCAGUUAGUUACUCUCCUUACUUUGUACAUCUUCCCAAUAGAACAAAUGUUUCCAAAUGUGAAUUCAUAGAAAAAUGCAAAACCUGUAAAAGCUUUGUAAUCGAUGUCAGCUUAUUAAUUUCUCUUUUUAAGAGUGCAUAAUGAACGGCACUUUUUGAAAUCUGACUAUGAUAUGUAAACAGUGUCUAAAAAUAUUUAAUAGAUUCUUGUUCAUAUAUCUGUAUACCGUAUCUCGCUUGCAUGGCGUAUUUUAGCACUUUAAUCUGGACAUCUACUGCUCAAUAAAUCCUUUAUUAUUGCUUGUAUUUAUGGUGUGGAUGUGUAUAAAUGAAACUACCCUUAGCUGUUAUUAACACCACGAGAGCCUUGCUUUCCAAUACUACAUUCUUCAAAUAAAAUGUUUGUACGGAAAGGAAAUAAAAACAUUUUGACACUUUGCUCGGAUAAACAAGCCCUUAACAGCUGGGAAUUUCAUAUAUUUAUUUCAAGUUAUCUUCUUAUCAUUCAUACCUUGUAUUUUUUCUUGCCAGCUUCUACUGAUUACAAAAUUACUCUCGCUUUGAAGAUUUUUAGUAAUUAUUCCUGGAGUCACUUCAGCGUAAAAUUCCUAUGGGACGUAAGAUUCGUCAUUCGUUUUAUCUUGAGGUCUUUUCAAAGCGUCGUCUUUGCGGUGUUAAGGUGCAGUUGUCAAGGACAUCCACUGAAACCUUGACAACUGCUAAUAUGACUUUCAAAAUAAGAAUGCCAAGUGGCAGGUUUGAUGGUUGUGAAAGUUUUUUGCGAACUGAAAGUCAUUUCAGGUUUUGAAUAAUUGAUGGUACGCCCCACGGAUUGUUUGUCAUUUUGUUUUUCAGUUUAGUGCUGAAAGCAUUGUUUGCCACUUACAAAAACACGAUUCCUGAGUUAAAAACACUCGGCGCGGACCGUAUAAGUGCUUUCUCAGUUUCGUGCUUAGCUGAUCGCGAGUUUGUCACCUCGCAAUACCUCGUUUUAAUAUUUUCAAGUCCAAUUCUUAAUGAUUACAAUUGGGUGGAUGCUGACAAAGGAUUAGAAAUUAUCCGCUCACUUUCGCAUAAAUCAGAUAAGUUAUACACAAUAGCCUUUCCAACAAAAACUUUAAAAACUCGACCUGUUUUGCAUACAAAACAGUCUUACCAUUCUCGCCAAAAUGCUUUUCCUCUUGAACUAAUGUUGUGUCAUCAUCUCGACGUUUCGUUUAUGAUACGUCUGGCUAAAACCGCUACGGCAUUUAUCGCUGCCAACUGAUUGCCAAAUAUUAAUUUUUCAGUAACUCGGGUGUGACUCUGUUGCGGUUGUCGAUCGGCAUCGCCACACGAAAAUAUUUUAAUAAAGGAUUUUAAUCGAAAAACUUCUUUACCCCUACUGGUUGGAAGGCCAUGUUUUAUCAAAAUAAAGCGUUUGUUGUCGCCGUCGUAAUUUGCUGUUUUCACAAAACUGUCGUAACUGCGCCUCGUUAUGUAAAAAUGUGAAAAGUGGCCGUGUACAAUGCUAAAUCGAGCAUGCGUUUUUCGAUAUUAGCAUCAACAACUCCUAUUUACAUGUACUUUCAGUCAAAUGACAUUGUUGGAGUUAAGUUUCAGGAACUUCCCUAAUGAACACAGUACUCGAGUGCACGCUUCCUUUCAACGCAUUUCACUCAUUUCGCUUUUAAAUUUCUUCAGACGAAAUCGUACACAAAUAAAUCCGUGAUGUUUUUAAAAGCGGAUUUUUACGUUGAAGUUUCACGAAGAAAAAUGGCGCGGGUUUCCUUUUGUACACAGUGAGGGCGUUAGAAAGGAUUUUCAUCGGUACGUCUUCCGCGCUAAGAGACAUUUCCCGACUCCAUAAAUUAUAUCUUUAGGUUUUUGUUUUGGGAGCUGAAGAAGCAGAUAGGACGCGGCGUAAUGACCGCUUUGUUGUCACGUGACUCCACACCACCUGCUUAUCGACCGCGGCAGAAUUUCAUGAAUUGAAUAUGUUGAAUUUCGAGUGAGACAGUCUGAAAUUUCUGAAUUCGGAUCGAGUAAUUUUCGCCGUCCAUAUGCCGGUCCGAAAUGGAAAAAAGCGGUGAGUUGGGCUAUGAUGGAAGUAUUCUUAUUGUAAUUGUUCUCCCUUCGCUCUGUGAUCGGUGUCAGUUCUGGCUUGGCUGGCUCACGCGCGAGUCUGGAAAAUCGAAUUGAAGACUACAGAAGCUUAACAACACUUCAUAGGGAACUAUGUUGGCAUUUGAUACCGAUUCGGAGUCAAACACUCAGUUUACGAGUGAGAUUUUUGUCGUUUGAAAGCUCUGUUCGAAGGAUCGUCGAGGAGGCUUUCAAUUUUUAGUCAGGGUCAGCUUUAGUCGAGCAAAUUUGACUGAGCGGUGAAUGAGGAAAGUAACCGCCAUGGGAGUUCACGAUUUUUCUGUAGUUUGUCAUUCUGUCAGUUUUCAGGCGUUCCGUAGAGCGCUGGUCAAUAACCUCGCAUGAGCUAACGCCCCAUGUUCGUUUUAUUCUCAGACUUGCAGCGCUUUCGCAAUGAAUGCGUAGCUGCCCACAACUUCUAUCGCGCAGCCCAUGGAACACCGCCUCUGUGCUGGUCAUCUAGACUCGCGGAGAGCGCGCAGAGUUGGGCACAGCAUCUCGCAAGUACCGGCUCACCCAGAUACAGCUCCGAGAAGGACAUCGGCGAGAACUUCGUCUGCUUGUGGGGCUCAGAACUAAACGGACAGAAGGUGACUCGAAUAUGGUACGAAGAGGGAAAGUAUUUUGAUCAUAACAAGCCGCGUGUUAGCUCGCGAACGCGCUCUUUCUGUCAGGUGGUAUGGGAGGGUACGCGCGAGGUUGGCGCGGGAGCGGCUGUCACCAAAUACGGAAAACAGAUCGUGGUGGCACGGUAUUUUCCCCCAAUGAACAAAAAAGAUGUGGCGAGAAACGUGAAGAAAGCAAGAAGCACGCAAGAUAACGAACAGCCACUGGCGUAUGAUACACGCUGGAGCAGACUCUAUCUUGGACUUAAAGAGUUUCAUGAGGAAUGUCUCUCGGUGCACAACGAGUACAGGCUCAGACAUGGAGCGGCUCCCUUGCACUGGUCAGCGGAGCUCGCAUGGGAAGCACAGCAGUGGGCCGAGAACUUGGCGCGAAGUGGCGAGCUCCGGCACAACGAUGACGACACAGUGGGUGAGAAUUUGGCGGGAAUGAUGGGCGGCGAGCUUUCUGGCCGGGAGACGACGGACAUGUGGUAUGAUGAAAUAGAAGAUUAUGACUUUGACAGCGCAGGGUAUAGCGAAGAUACGUCAAAUUUCACGCAGGUCGUUUGGGUCGCUUCAGAGUCCCUCGGAGUCGGUAGGGCCAUUGAUGGAGAUCUCUGCGUGGUGGUAGCAUUUUAUGAGCCUCCUGGGAACAUGGAGGGGUCAUUUGCUGAUAACGUUCUUCGUAUGGGGUCGGCUGUUAGAGAGAGAAAGAGUAAAGAACUAAAGGGCUUUGUACCGCCCGCUCCUGAUUUAGAAAGUUUUCGCCUGGAAUGCCUUGUGACACACAACUACUUCAGAGCCCGCCAUGGCUCUCCACCGCUAGUUCUCAGCAGUGCCCUAACAGAUGAGGCGCAGUACUGGGCCGAGCGGCUGCUUGUGACGGGCGCCAUGGAGGGACUGGAUAACUCGCGGAUAGGGAUCAGUGUGGCGGUGCUAGACAAGGCGCACAUCAGUGGGAUUAAGGUCUCUGAGCUCUGGUACAAAGAAAUCUUGAACUACGAUUUCGACAGUCCCGGAUUCAGUAACGAGACACUUGACUUUAGCCAGCUGGUGUGGCUGAGCAGUCGUAAGUUUGGCGUGGGUAAAGCGACUGGGGCGGAAGGCGUGACUGUAGUGGUGGCACGGUACGAGCCUGUAGGUAACAUAGACGGGCUGUUUGUACAGAAUGUCAAGCGAAGAGGACACGAGAGAGGCAGCUGUGAACCAAUGAUAUUCCAUGUUGAAUACAGAUACCGAGUGCGAACCGAUAGCAAGUCCACCAACAGCUUUCUGAGCUGGGAAAACGAAGAUACGCAGACGUUUGGUGAGUUAGCGGGCGACACUACAAAGAGGAGUUGUCAAGCACCUCAGGGGAGUGGACUUACCCGCGCAAAGUUUCUGUUAAACCGUUUAUUAGAGGACUUGGACCAGUGUCGAAACAGCUGUCACCUUUCCCCUCCCCUCAGUAUGGCCGCCAGUUUAAGUUGGAGUGACUUGGACCAGUUUGAUGAGAACGAGAAUAUCCUCCACAGGGCCGACGAGCAAGAUUCUGCAAACACACUGUCUGUAAGCGAUCACUUCACCCGCCUGGUGUGGAUAGAUCCUAACAGUCCCACUCUUCAGAGGAAAGGAGUUGCAGAGGAGACCGCCCAGGAAGAGAAUGAUGACGAACCAGAAGAUGAAAGAGAGCAGGAAGAAGAAGAAGAUGCUAGGACAGCGUAUGAAAUGGAUAACGCGACAGAAGAAGACGAUCUUACUUGUGUGACUGAGGAACCAUUGGUACAUACUGAGAAGGCCGAAUUGGAAGAGGCUGAUUUGUUUUCUGAUCCCGAGGACGAUCUUUACCAACAUUUCUGUGAAAUUCGACGUUCUCUCUCAUUAGACUCGGAUGGUACCGAACCAGAAAUGCAUAAAGGAAACGUCCUCUCCAAAAUAGCUUUCUUUGAAACGUAUCAACAUGGAAGGCAAUCGCCCUCCAAUUCAGAAUCGUCACUUAGGCGAAGUCUCAUUCAAGAAGAACUGGAAGAACUGGCUUCUCUAAAGAAAAGGCAAUCGCUUCACAAAGAAGAAGAAAGGAAGGAAGAAGAAGAAAUAAUGGAAGAAGAGCACGAAUGCCAGUUGGAAUUUGAUGACGUAUUUCCUGCUCACAGAGAAGGAGACGAAGCAGAGUCACACGUAGAAAUAUUCGACGACGAGGGCGAAGACGAAAAUGAAAGUCUGGUAAGUGUAUCGGACGCAGAGGACGUGCUGGAUUACACAAAUUGUGAAACGAGGCAUGAAGGCCUUCAAGAUUAUGAGUUCGAAGACAGCGUCUGCGUAACUCACGAAUUUAUGGAAGAAGAGCCAUCUGCUAUGGAGAUCUUUGAUUUUUCUGACGAGGAUGCGUCACACCAGUAUGCUGAUAUUACGGAGGAGGAAGAGCAACCACGAUCUUCAACAAAAACUGUUUACGCGUCAACGAAAUUGAGCACCGCUACGAAAUGUCAAAAAACUGAAACUUUCAAAUUGUGCGAAGAUGAACCACCGAAUUUCAUGGAAGAUGUGCCAGAUGAGUACAGUGAAGAACGUUUUGAAACUAGCGAGGCGCUAAUUGAGGUGCCACAAGCAUCUUUUCAAAGAACGUCAGAUCCUGAGUUUUGUUACUUGGCGGUAAAACAAGAUCACGUAAAUAUUCGAAUGGAAGACCUUAUUUCUAGAAUGGGAAUUUCGUCGACUUUCGAAAGUGAAGGGGCCAGUGACGAAAUUUCCGAUUUUCACGAAACAACGGAAGGAAAGUUUGUGGAAAAUCUUAUGAACAACAGAAAUGAUCGUGAGCAACAACAGGAAAGAACACCAGUUGAAGAGAUCUGCGAGGCCUUUCUUAAAGACAGCGUAGAAUCGGAAAUAGAUUUUGAAGCCUUGUUUAAAAAACUCGAAAAUGGCGAGACAGAAAAUGAAAAAGCGAAAAAAAUACACGAAACUAGUAUGGAACGUCUUGAGACAACCGAGUCUCUGGACACCGUUCAGGUUGUAUUGAGAGAUCAUGAAAGCGAACGUACAGCGGAUAUAGAAAAAGUAGGUGUUGACAUUGGACUUGUAUUAACGAGCGCGUUGGAAGAAGAACAGGAGUCUGAGCCAGACAUAUCUCUACACUACGAGUGCAAAACCUCGAAACCUGUAGAUUUAGUUGAACUUGUUCGCGAGACCAUUAUUGAAUCAGGUAGACGAGAUCGUCCGCCUGAAAACGCAAUGGACCUGAAAGAGCUAGAGGUCCGGUUGGAGAGUUCAAUUGAAAAAGAAGAGUCACAGGACGAAAUCACUCAGGACAGGACUGAUACUUCCAUGGAAGAACAGUCUUGUGAAGCCGCUCUUCAUGAUUACGAUCAAGAGCGCGCGAAGGUUCUUGAGGAAACUGGUUUAGAAUUCGAUUUAGUUACCGUCUCAUCCGACAUAACGCACUCUUUUGACGAGUCAUUGGAGCCGUUACAUUAUAAUCAUACACCUAAAUCAUCAAGAGUGAUUGAGUUACCAGAGAUUGCAGAGCAUAUCGAGGCCGACGUCCGUCGAGAUGUUCAAUCUGAGAUUAACUUUGAAGAGAUGUUUCGUCGCCUGGAAGAAGACGAUACAACAUUUGCAGAUGAAGCUGCUGAAACUCGACGCCUCGAGGAGGCUGUGACAGAAACAAGUCCAAACGAAGAAACUCCGCAAGCUUCAUUUUACGUUGAGGAAAAUGGAACAGUUGAUGAAGCAGUGUAUUUUAUUCCUUCUUCCUCUGAAUAUAUUUCUCAUGAAAGUAGACAAAGUGAACGCACAGAGGAAAUCAUUGAGGUGAAACAAGCUGAACAACGCAGGCCAGCAUCAUUAUAUAUGGACGAGAACGCAGUAGCAGAAGACAUAGCGACUGAAACUCCCUCUUCUCCAAGAUGUACUGCUGUACAAGGUGCAACCCUCGAACAAACAGAGGUUGCUUCAGAAGAAAACGAAACCCUAGAAGAACAGUGUGCUUCCUUAUUUGAGGAAGAGGAAUCCAUUGUAAAUGAGGUAGUGCGAGACACUCCGUCGCAAAAACACAUUGCAGGAGAAAGCCGAAACGUUGAAACCUUUGAGGAUAUUCAUGAGGAAGCGACGGAAGAAAGCCAUCGCGCAUCGGUGUUUUUAGAAGUAGACACACUAGUAGAUGAAGUUGGAACUGAUACUCCCUCCUCGCCCAAACACAUCGCGGGCGAAAGUCUACAAACUGAAUUCUUUGACGAAAUUGACGAAGAACCUAUCGAAGAAAGCAAAAAGGCAUCGCUGUUUUUUGAAGUAGAACCUCUUGUAGAUGAAGUGACAACUUACACUCCUUCUUCGCCAAAACACAUUGCAGGCGUAAGUCGUCAAGCUGAAUCCUUUGACGAAAUUAAUGAAGAACCCAUCGAAGAAAGCAAAAGAGCAUCGCUGUUUUUUGAAGUACAACCACUUGUAGAUGAAGUCACAACUGACACUCCUUCCUCGCCCAAACAUAUUGCAGGCGUAAGUCGUCAAGCUGAAUCCUUUAAAGAAAUUAUUGAAGAACCCAUCGAAGAAAGCAAAAGAGCAUCAGUGUUUUUUGAAGUAGAACCACUUGUGGAUGAAGUGGUAACUGAUACGCCCUCCUCACCUAAACAUAUUGCGGGCGAAAGUCGACAAGCUGAAUCCUUUGACGAAGUUAAUGAAGAAACCAUCGAAGAAAGCAAAAGAGCAUCAGUGAUUUUUGAAGUAAAACCAUUUGUAGAUGAGGUGGCAACUGGUACACCCUCCUCACCCAAACAUAUUGCGGACGAAAGUCGACAAGCGGAAUCCUUUGACGAAGUUAAUGAAGAGCCCAUCGAUGAAAGCAAAAGAGGAGAAGUAGAAUCAAUUGUAGAUGAGGUCACAACUGACACUCAUUCCUCGCCCAAACACAUUGCAGGCGAAAGUCGACAAGCUGAGCCCUUCGACGAAAUUAAGGAAGAACACAUUGAAGAAAGCAAAAGAGCAUCGGUUUUUUUUGAAGUAGAACCACUUGUUGAUGAAGUGACAACUGAUACACCCUCUUCGCUGAAACACGUGGCAGGCGAAACUUGUAAUCAUGCCGAGUCCUUUGAAGAAAUUUGCGAAGAACCCGUUGAAGAAAGUGGACGAGGAUUGAUAUUUUUACAAGAGGAUACAGAUGUUGUUGAAGUUGAAACUGGUGCUCCCUCUUCGCCAAAGCACAUUGCAGGAGAAAGUAAUGUUGAAUCAUUUGAAGACGUCGAUGAAGAACCUUCUGAAGAAAGCAUGCGAGCAUCACUGUAUGUAGAAGGAGGUACAGAUGUUGUUGAAGUUGAAACUGACACUCCUUCCUCACCAAAACAAAUUGACGGAGAAAGCCAAAAUAUUGAGUGCUUUGAAGAAGUCGAGGAAGCACUCUUUGAAGAAAGUAAACGAGCAUCAAUGUUUGCAGAAGAGGAAACACUAGUAGACGAAUUGAUAAGUGAUAUACCGUCAUCUCCAACGCACCUUGCUGGCGAGAGUGUAAGCAUGGAAAGUUUUGAAGAGAUUGCAGAGGUGACAAGUGAUGAAAACAAACGGGCGUCUCUUUUUGUGGAGGAAGACUCGUCUGUGGAUGAAGUGACGAUCACCACACCUUCCGUUCCCAUGCACAUUGCUGGUGAAGCAUUCGACAUUUUAACAGUUGAAGAAGUACAUGAAGAGGCAACACCAGAUGCAGAGCACGCUCGAGAGUUGGAAGAAACUUAUGAUGAGGCCAGUUACGAUUAUGUUUCCCUGGAGAUUGUAGAUCAAAACGAUUAUGUCGCUGGCGAGUUUACCAGCUCAGAGCUCUUAGAAGUAACAGCUGACGAUGAAUCCCCCAAGUCAGAUUUUGGCGAACAGUUUGAAGAAUUUGAGAGCAUCUGCGGUACUCAAAUAUUGAUUGAUCCAUCACAAAGCGCACACAUUGCCGGAGAAAUAAAAAACAUUGACACCCACGAUGAGGUUUUGGAACAGGUUUUGCAAGUGGAAGAAAGUUUGGCGUAUGAGGAGAGCCACGAAUUGAUAACCACAACCCAAAUUCUCAAAACAACCCAGCCUUCAUUUCAUGUAGCUGGAGAAUUGUCAAAUAUUGAACCACCAGAGGAAUCGUCUGAGGAGGAGAAACCAGACGAAGGAGCGUGCGCUGAAGAGAUUGAGGAAACGGAGGUGCAAGCUAUCACUGUAGUUCUGAAGUCUCCACAAUCUUUAUUGAGCAUUGCUGCCGCUGCAUUGGAACUUAAAAUCGAUGCCGCACAGCAGGAAUCCACAGAAGUGGUCGAAACAAGAACCGAGAUAGCGCAACAGUACGACGAACGGGAAAAAACAGAGGUGCCCGUUAUUUUUGUAAACCUUUCUGGUGAAUUAUCAGAAAAUGAAGAAGAUGAUGCCUAUUAUGUAGAAGAAGAGCCAGAAGACGACUAUGACAUAGAGAAGGAAAGUUACGAAGACAACGGAGAAACAGUCGUCUCAUAUCCGACGGAAGACCAAGAAGUUUCUCACUCCCAUGUGACAGCAGACUCCUGCGAAUCGGAGUUUACACUAGAGAUAGAAGAUGUAGAAGAACGAAGGGAAUUUGCUGAGCCUUUUGAAGAAAACGAAGAGGGUUCCGCGUCAGAAUUGAUAUCUGAGUGUUCGUCGUCACCUUUGCACGUCUCCAGUGAACUCAGAGAUUUCCAAGAUUAUGAAACAAUCAACGAAGAAUACGGUACCGAAACUUACCAUGCUAUACCAUACGAGGAAAGUGACUACAUCUCGGAGAAGUCAGUAUCCAAAGGGUUACGAUCCCUGUACAUAACAGAAGAACUGUCACCACAGGGAAUCUACGAAGAAAAUGUCUUGAACGAGAAAUCAGUUGUGAUUGAAACAGCUCAGGCGUACCACGAAGUCGAGGAACCUUUAGAAACAGAGACCAGUUUCGUCAUUUCUGAGCCCCCACUACAGACGGCUGCGGAGUUCUCCGACUCUGACUACCAUGCUGGUGCAGAAGAGGAUGACGACUUAAGUGAAAGAGACUUUUUGGAAGAAUAUGAAGAAAUGGAGGGGGUCUUUGGACGUGAAACUUCUUUGGCCAGUUCAAAGGAGCCUGCACCCGUUGUUUCGGAAAAAGUCAGGUGUGGUCCGCAGAUUGCAGAACAACAAGACAAACUUUGGGACGAGACUGACAACGCACAAUUAGUCGCCGCACAAGAGCCUCUCGUUGGCAUUGAACAUUACACAAGAACCGUUGAACAAGAACGUAGUGUGCGUGGAGAAGAAAAAAUCCAAGAAAAGGUUUGGGAAAUUGAAGUUAAGGACGAAAGCCGAGUUUCUGAGCCUAAUGAAGAAAAAGGAUUCGCAAGUGAGAUCCAGACGUUCACGGUUGUAAGCGAGACAGAAAAAAGAUCAGAUGAAAUCAAGUCUACAGGCUACCAGGUUGUAGAAAGCAAAGAGACAAAACACGGGGAACAAAUCUUUAUGGGAGAAAAAGCAAGGAAAAUGGAAACAUCUUACGAAGUCGAGGUUCUUGCAACGAAAACAACGCGUCAGGUAUCCUCUACCAACUCCUACGUUGCGACUGGAUUUGCAAGCGAGGAAAUCUGCUACAAAGCAGAGAAAAAUGGAGGCGAAGGUAUACUUCACGAGGAAGUCAAGAAAUUUCAGGAAGUAUCUUUUACUCCAAUUCAUCAAACAAGUAACCAAACUUCUUGGGAAAAGAGCGACAACGUACGUCAAUUUAAAACAACUGAUGAACUGAGUGAGGGUAUUUUGGAAAAAGAAGCUAAAGAUCAAGAAUCUGCGAAGUUCGAAAAACAACUCUCGGAGGACGAAACGGAAGUUCGCCUUCUUAAAACCGAAGUGAUGGAAUACAAGGCAGUAGAGCAGAAGACUCCCUUGAUGAACCCACGUGUAACCGUGGAAAGAGAGACCACAUUUGUGAAGAGUUUCAUUGUCCACUCUGAAGUUAAGGACGCUCAGGAAAUUCAACAGGUUGUAACACAGGAUGACGUGUUGGUUAUUUUGAAAGAUGACGAGGCCUCUCUUGAGGAAGAGUCGGCGGGGGAACAGUUUGAAGAGGAAAUUGACAUCAUGCGUAUGGAUGAAGCGUUGUCAGAGGAAGAAUUCCGUGGGGAGGGUGUGGAAAGUAUAGAUCGUAGCGAGUCGAGAUCUUCCAAGGCAGAAUCAGCGGACGGAAUGGACAAAAGUGACCGUGAGGAGGAGAGCGAUAUCUAUGAAGGCGAUCAACAGGAACCUAUCUACGAGGAAGAGGUAGAGAUCAGUGAAGGACGACCAAUUCACGAGCAAGCACAGAAGGAAGGCUCAUUAGAAGAAGUAAACCAACCUGACCGAGAGGAGGAGAGCGAUGUCCCUGAAGGUUAUCAACAGGAACCACUCUUUGAGGAAGAAGUGGAGAUCAGCGAAGUACAACCUAUUUAUGAGGAAGAACUGGAAAUGCAAAAAGUACAGGAACAAGUACAGACGUCUCCUAAAACCAACGACAGCACAAUGCAAGCGUCUACGUUUGAAGAGGAAGUUGAAGUUUCAGCUUAUGAACGUAGUGAUGAGCCGGUCAAGGAAAACCUUGAACGUGAGCCAGUUGAAACUACUGAACUUAGAACACAUUCCCCCGAGUUGGAAGAGGAAUUGCAAGUAUCAGCGUUUCAAGAAGUUCGGGAGCCUGCCGAGAAAGUUGAACCAAGCGCGGUUUAUGCAGUGUUUGAAGAAGAAGUAGAUAUCUCAGCUUCUAGAGAAACAGACGGACAAGGCGUGUCGAGUAAAGACGAAGAGCAUGAAACAACGGACGACACAGGAAUUUCCGAAAGAUGGGUCGAUGAAGAAAACCCCGAACUAGCGCAAACAAAACCGCGGAGGCAACCGCUCGACUUGAGCCAAGUUGAUCUGUACGAGGAUGAUGAGAGUGCUACCACACGCUAUUAUGUAGAGCUGUCAUCGACAGAGAGCUUAGAACCAGCUUAUGAGGAAGUCGAAAGCGAAGCCUCGUACACUGAAACUUACGUGCGACAGGGAGAUCCCUUAGAAGAAAACCUUGAAGAAUUCAUACUGGUGCGAUAUAGUGAUGAGUUUGAAUCUUCUGGUGAAGAAGAUAUAUCGGACCACCGAGAGAUCUAUGUCAUUCCUGAAGAGGAAAAUGAUGUUGAGAACAACGUUGUAGAAUCCGCCAAGGAUGACCUUAAAGCCGAAAAGGAGCCCGUUCCAGAAGGUUUCUUCGAAGAAGGAUUUGAAAACAUGGCCUUGGAGGAAAUCCGGGAAUCUCCAGAAUUUGAAAUCGAUGAUUCCCCGGAAGACGAGCUGGAUGAAGAGGAACAGCGUCAAUUGGAAGAAUACGAGCGGCUGGAGUCAUUUGUUAUCUUAGAGGAGAAGUUGAGCCAAGUCGAGUCUGAUGAAGACUGUGAUGACGAAAAUGCUGGUUUCCAAGGAGAAGAAGGAGAUGAGGAUGUAUUCCAUUCUGAUGUGCAUUCUAGUAGUGAAGAAACUUUACACGAAGAUGAAUUAGGCGAGACCAUGACGUCAUCUUCGAUUCGACAAGCAGCCGAGUCUAUUGAAGUUCAAGCUAAGGAGGAAGAAAAGGCGGAUUACCAAAUUAGCAGCGAAUGCCAAGAACACUCUGGAAGCCUUUCAAGAGAACAAGAAGAAAUAACAACUCAGGAAAGUUUUGCAGAGAGUACGGUGGAAGACACUUCUGGCGAAAGAGGAGACAAAGAGGACGUGAGUUUAUCUAAAGAACCUGCUAAAGAGAAAGACGUCUCUGAGUCUAGUAAAACGAAAGACGAAAAAACGGAGCAGAACUUAAGUAGUGACUCUUCCGGUGAACAAAAUAUAUCAAGUGAAGGAUCGCUGUCCUCGACCCCAUCUGUUGAUUUGGAAGAAUUAGACGACUUUGAGCAAAACUGUCUCCUAGAACACAACUUGUACCGCCGACAACACAGAGUUAAACCGCUGAAAUGGUCUGACGAGCUGGCCGCUGACGCAAAAGAGUGGGCGGAACGUAUGGCAUCGGUGAAUUGCCUCGAACGUUGCGACGGAAAAGCAGUAGGCCAAAACCUUUUGAGCGUACACGGGAAAGAUUUAAAUGGCUCUGAAGUCGUCGAAAUGUGGUAUAAAGAAGCCACGGAUUACAAUUUUGAAGUCCCAGCUUACAAUGCCAAGUGCGGUAAUUUUACGCAAGUCGUUUGGGCCUCCUCGCGCGAGUUGGGUGUAGCGAAGUGUGUCGCUGACGAUGGAACGCAAUAUGUUGCAGCACUGUAUAAACCGGCGGGAAACAUUGUUGGAGAGUUUAAAGACAAUGUUAAAGCCCCCAGAGAUUCGUCAGGUCGACUGAAAAGACGAAGAUCAAGUGCAAGGAGACGUUCAAGAUCGGGUCUUCCGCCAGUAACACCAGCGGAAAGAGAAAAAUUUAAAACUGAGUGCGUCAUCUCACAUAAUUACUACCGUACAUUUCACAACGCCCCACCGUUGCGCUGGUCUCCACUGCUGGCUGCAGAAGCGCAGAAUUACGCAGAGCGCCUGGUUAAGACCAAUUCGCUGACGCACAGCGGACAAAAAGACCGCGGGGAGAACUUGGCAUACACAUGGGAUAGCUCGCUCUCCGCCCGUGGGGCGGUUGACAUGUGGUACGAUGAGGUGCAAGAUUACGACUUCGACUGCCAUGGCUACACUUCUGAUACGAGCCAUUUCACCCAGUUAGUUUGGGUAGGGACAGAGGAGUUUGGCAUGGGAAUGGCUGUUGCCCCCGAUGGGAGAAAUGUUGUCGUCGGGCGGUACUUUCCUCCGGGAAACAUCGUAGGGCAGUUUAAAGAAAAUGUGAGACCGCGGGAAAUUGCGGGGAUUCCAUAAUAAGCUUGACGCAGGCAGACGAACUAAGAAAACACGGCCACCAAUCCUGAGUGAGUGAAAAUAAAAAACAGAAAUAUAUGAAAAUGAACGAAGGUUAUGGAUUAAUCACAAAACGUAACAUUCACAAUGUCCAUUUAACAUGUCGUUUUACACUAAUAGGCUAUUGCAGAGGAUUAAGCCCAUUGUAGCAAGUUUAAAUGUUGUGUUGUCAUUUACAAAAUACUGAAUGACGGGUCGGAAACAAUGAUAUUUUGACCACUUUAAGAUUCAUUGUAUUUGAAAUUAAUUCGAUAAGCAGUUUCUAAGCCAGCUCUUACAUUUUGCAGCUAAUUACUUAGAGAUAUUUUAAACUUGUGUUGAGCACAAGAGAGCUAACUCUUCAGCCCAUAGAAGAAAAAAAAACUGAAAAUUGUAGAGCAAUCUCAGAGAGCAAACAAAAUUGUCUAAGUGACGAGAUGAUAGAAAGUAAUGUAAGGGUGAAGUAUGUUAUUAAUGCCUUUCAUUUUUGCGAGCAAAGCUAGCGAAACGCAGUCUGUUUUCUUACUUGACAUAAAACGCAAUAAAAUAUUUUUCAUGAGGUGACUUAGAACUGCUAUAUUCGCGAAAAUAAAAGGCAUUAUGGUACAGUGGUAGGUAUCCCAAAUUAAUUUUAUUCGAGGGAGAAGUUGCUGUUUUAGGGCAAAUCCUCAUGAAAGAUCCAAAACUUUUCCAAAUAUUAAAAACAAGAAGACAGUUGCAUUAGCGUUUCUUUGCGCGUCUCAAUGGAGAUUAACCAGUUUUUAUGUUUUAAUUAUUUUUAUAUGUUAUUUUUCAUGGCCUUUGUUGCUGGUAAUUCUUUUUAAUGCUUUUUGUACGACUUUUUUUGUGUGGUAUCUGUUUACCACGAAAUUGAUGGAAAGCGGCGAAAGGAUGGAAGAAAUCUGACAUUUUCAAAUUUGGCCCGAUACUAAAGCACUGUCAUCACAAUUUAGAUAUAAGUUCAGCUAACAAAUUGAAUUGUACAAUGCGCAUUUAAAUUGGGAAAUCUUGAUCACAAACCAAACCAAAAAUAAAUCUUACUUAUAGGUUAUCGUAUCUGUUACCAAGUAUUAAACAGCUGACGCUCGCCGUUUGGGGAAAAAUGUAAAUUGCAAUAUUCUUAAUUUUAUUCGACCUCUCGAGGUCUUAAUUCUUGAAGGAUGCAUAUCUGAUUCCAUAUUUAUUUUAAGUUAAAUCCUUUCGAAAACAUUUCUUUGUUAAAGAGAAAUUAUAUAUUUAUUGUUAGAUAGGUUAUUUAAAUUGAGUGUUAAGAAAGAAUUUAUGAAAGUAAAUAAAUUACAAAGCUGCA